AAAUUUUGACAACACAUUUUGCAUGUUGGCACACACUGCUCUCUCUUCACUCUGACACCAUAACCUGGAGUCUGGAUCAACGUAAAUUGUAUUAUUAACGUGCCAACUAAAUUUGUUUUGGAACUGACCUCAGUAGGAUCUCACAGUUAUGCCUCAUUUAACUCUUCUCUUUUCUUUGUUGUAUAUUGCAUUGACAAUGUUACCUUAAACAGAAUUGGUGUUACCUUAAACAUAUUUGCUUGAGGUUUUGGUUGCUAUAAGCUGCUCUCUUUUCAUGUAUUUUAUUGUCAUACAAAGUGUAAAACUGAUUUUUGAGGUAGCGUUGGUGUUUAUCUUGUUAUAAUAUUUUAUUUCUUAAAAAGUGAUUUUCUGCUACCUGAUAUGUUUGUCAAACCCACAACCAAGAAUGCACAGGCUAAAGGUGAACUCAGAAAUCAUGCCAUGUACUGAUGCUCUCUGUAUUACAAAAGCAGUUUUAUGAUAUGUUUAGAGUUAACUGAUCUUUGACUGGACUGCUUGAUUGGAUAAGACUUGGGAAUAUUAUAGCAUAAAGCCUUGCUUAAUUAUUGCUGUUACACGGAUUCAGUUUUGGAUUGUGUAAACUUCACAGUGAAUCAUCUUUAAAAAAAAAAUUAUUGUGAUAUCAUGAUUCUUCAAUAAAGAAACUGGACUGUUUGUCUUUUUUUGUCUUUUUUUUUUUAAAAGCUGGUUAGACUGUAUAAAUGAUUUUGGUAACACUUAAAGACUUUAUGUACAAUGCUUUAAGUGUUGGCAUAAUAUGUGGCCUAUAAAGUGUCACCAUGAUUUCUGUAGUGUACAAAGAACUGUUUGAGUGCUGUAUUCCAUCUCCAAACCUAAAAAUACAAUGUAAAAUAGGCUUACAAGAUAUUCUACUUGAAUGCCGGCUCUCGUUUGCAAUGCUAGAAUGUAUAAAACCUAUAAUGAAAAUAUUUUAAAGUUAAUAAUGAUAUAAUUGUUAGAUUCUAAAUUCAUUUUUAUAUUGAACAAUGUGCCACAGUUUUACUAAAUGUGUUAUUAUCAUGAAAAUAAUGUGAACAUAUUAGCUAAAGCACAACUGAAGUUAUAUAAAAUUUCGAUCCUAAAGCAUGUCCAGGUCGGACGCAGAAAACUGCAACACCACGACACCCCCCCUCCCCUUUCGCUCGCGCUCAACCUCUCCGCCCAGUCAUUCAUUCAUAUUUGGUCUUCCGGAAGUAUCUCAGGGUCGGGCCAGUCAGUGCCUGCGCGAGCUGACUCGUGGGAUUGAUGCCUUAGAUGAGUAGAAGGUCCUGACUGAUGGCAGUAGCAGAGACAUGGGUGAAAAUCAGCAGUUGCAUCAGAUGGCAAAGGAACUGGCAAUGGUGCCAUUACAUGGAUUAUGCAAGAUUGUGUGGCACUGUCAGGCAAUAUUUCAAUGUUCUCUCAGGUUAUAAUGAACAGACUUACUCCAUGAGUACUGAAUAAUAUGAUUUCUUCUCUACUGCUGAAUGUACAGAAGUUGCUAUGCGCAAACAACAAACAUUGGACAGGAUAGGUGAGACUAUACCACAUAUUAAGUGGACUGAUCUUACUCUCACCAAAGAUAGCCAAAUGUCUGUGGGUCAGGAGGGUGAGUUAUCAGAUGAGGGACUCUCAUUGAGGACUGAGUCUAAGGACAAAGUGACCCCAGAUGUGUUUCUUGUUCCACCACAAGAACAGACAGAAGUUAUAAAGGAUUACAGCAAGCAGAACUCACCAAAAAAUGAAUCGGACUCAGACCAGAUGAGUCUUCUUGAAAACCAGACUGUUGAAGAUAAAUUAGUCCCUUUUCACGAGAACACAAGGAGUCUACCAACAAACAUGCAGCUGAUACCCAAGGUAGAGUCUGAUAAUGCUACGACAGAAGCUUGUGAAGUGACAACCAAAGCUACAAACAUUGCCAACAUCUCAUCCAAUGAUUUACUAGAGAUUAAGGUUCAACGACAAUCUAUUUUAAGUAAAGGUUUUCAUAAUGACAAACUACCGUUACCUGGUGGAGGCAAUCACACAAGCAAGGAGUUGUGUAUUGAGAAUAAAACACAGGUUGUUGAUGUGGCACACGCAAGAGGGAGUAAACUUAGGAUGGACCUAAAUGCAAACAAAGAAAAAUUAGAAUAUAGUAAAGACUGCACUGAAGAUUAUAAAACUCAAAGUUUAUGUAAUGUAAGAGAGGAGAGACUUGAUAUCGGAAGGAACAUAGCAGUGACAAGUUCUUUGGGACAAUACGAAGAAGACAUGGUAUUAGAUUUAAGCCUACCAAAAAAGAAAGACCGAAAUAAGGAGAGGAAGUGUGAAUGGGUUGUAGACCCUGAAUAUGAAGGUUCGCUUCAUAUGGAAGUUGAUGAAAUUGAGGAGGAGCAUGUAGAACAUGUAGAAGUAGAGCAGGAGGACGACGACAAUGAAAUUUGCUGGAUUCCAUCAGUAAGUGACGCUCAUACAUAUCUGCCUCAGCAUUGGGAUGGACAUCUGUGCUCCUCUUCGCUUGAAGCCAUGCCAACUGUAUUGUAUCCCAACAUCAUAACCCCAGAUCCGAUGGAUACCCUACUUAUAGAUGACCAGGGCAUUCCUUACACACUUACUGCAGAUGGACAGAAAGUUCCACAAAUUGAUAACAUACAACACGCUGAGGGGCUCUCUGAACAAACAGAUCUAAGUCCAGGACAAGCUGAAGAUAAGCCCUCAUUCAUUGCUGAUGUACAGGAUAUUACAGACUCCAGACAACAGACACUACCCAAAUCACUGUGUCCAAAUAUGUCUAUAGGUCAUGUCUCAGUGGAAAGCUCACAAGUUGCCCCAAACCAGGAGCCAAAAUCUUCUUACAGUUCUGUAGCUCUUGAUAAACCCUCCAUCAUACCUGCCAUGUCUGACAUGGCAUCAGUUCCCAUUCAGAUUGUGGCUAAUACUACAGGGUCAAACACUCCCAUUCUUCUUCUUCCUCCAUCUCAGCUUCAGUCUCUUUCCUCACCGGCCUCUAAAGCUAACCCAGGGCUAAUUACCCUUUCCUUACCGGUUCCUCUUAGUCAGAACACUCAGUCCUCCCCCAUGUUCCUAGUUUUGUCAUCUCCUCAGGUGUCCUCAACUCAGAGUUCGUCCUCGCCUGGGAAGUUAUCUCAAAUUUCCUCUUCUUCCACUGUUGCACUUCCCUUAGCAACUUGUCCACUUGAUUUGGGAUCUACAUUAAGUUCACGCCCGUCACUUCUCAGCCUCAGCACGGUUUCCUCUGCCACAGCUACAGACAUCUCAGGACUGAAUAACCCUUCUAAUCUUCCUGCUAGCCCUACCUCAUCAACUGCUUCCUCUAGCACUUCCACAGUGACCUCUACAAGUCCAACCAAGCAAUUCAGCACUGAUGCCUACUCCGACACACCGGUGCCCACUUCCUUUCGGGAAGCCCUUCUCAGAUUGGCUGUGUCUGUGGAGAAGAAACAAGAAAACCAGCCUGAGACGCAUUCGGUCACUACUCCUUCAUGUUCUGAAGCCACCAAGCCGGAUUCCUCUGCCACAGUCCAUGAAAGUGAAAAUAAGGAGACGGAGGUAAACUGUGACGGUGAGACCGAGUCUACCACGGUAGACCAAACAGACUCAUUAGAUACCACCUCUUCUACGUCACCCAUUCGUCCUGUAUCACCCGGAAUUCCAAUCAAUGACCCAAAGAACCAAGCAUUAGGCCCUCGUCGCAUUCUUUACUGUCAGUACUGUCCGCGGGUCUUCUACUAUCUUUCGGACCUUGAGCGCCAUUCCAUCACACACUCCCAAAGCAAACCCCAUGUAUGUCACCUUUGUGGCAAAGCGUUCAAAAGAUCAAGCCAUCUUGAGCGACACAAACACAUUCAUACAGGUCAGAGAAACUUUGUAUGCCAGCUUUGCCCAAGGCGUUUUCGUGAAUCAGGGGAACUAAUGAGGCACCAGAGAGUACACACCGGUGAGAAACCCUUUCAGUGCUUAAUAUGCCACAUGCGUUUUGCAGAGCGCAACACGCUGCGACGUCACACGAAGCGCAAGCACCAAGGCCAGCAGCUGGAGGCGAUGGACAUGAAGGCAAAGCCAGAAAGUGGAGGGAUUGCCCUUGCUGGUAUACAAGGAGAGCCAGAAGAGAAUGCAGAGUGGUACAGUUCAACAGUUCCUGAAAUGGAGUCUGACAGUGACACAGGGGGCGAAUGAGAACCACACGGAGGGCAUGAACAAAUAGAUUUUCUCUCUUUUUUUUAAGUUUGGAAAAGAUAAGCAAGGUUGUAAAUACAUUUAAUUUAUUUUGUUUUGAUAUAAUAAUUCCUUACUUCUCACUAGUUCCAUAUUAUUAUCUAUAUUUCAUUCCGUUAACUCUCGACCUUUACUGGUGAUGACUGAACUCUGCAAUAUUCAACUUCGGAUUUAUUCUAAUAAGCUUCAGUUAUUGAGUUAGACCUCUUGAUGAAAUACAUUUGUUUUGAUUCUUUACCUUGAAUAACUUUGAAAUACCCUUAUUUGCUUCUUAUUUAUUGUUCUCAUUUCAAUUUUUCGCAUAUGCAGCAUCUUUCUUCGAGGGUGUAAUGUAGUUACUGUAAAAGACUAAGAGGCUCAAUAUUGUUAUUUAUAAUUUUGUAUUAUGAACUCUUGAAGUCAAGGAAUUGCCUAUAUUAGUGCAUCAGUAUAUCUAGGCCCAUUAAUGACUAGGCCCACACAAAAUUUGCAGUCACAAAACUCCAUUGAAUUGGAACAUACAUCAUUCUCGAAGUUCUACACAUCUUCCACUCCUUUCAUUGUGAUACUCCACCUGACCUGCAGAGGACAGUGUGGAGUCGUGUCCUCUUUAAACUUUCAAACGUGCAUUGUAGAAAUCUUCUGACCUGGCAUAUCCAAUGUUGUCAUUUACGCCUUUGCUUUUAUUGGCAUUCUUCAUCAUCUGGUUGUAGAGUUUACAGGUUAACACAUUGUCUUGUUUGCAUCUGUUCUGUAGAAUUCUCCAGAUUCCCUCCAAAAUGCAGAAGAAAAAAACUGUAGAUUGCAUCUGGGUUUUUUCAUGACUCGGCUUCUUGAUUUCAGAACAUAUUCAGAUAUUAUGCAUUAUAAAACAUCUUGCUCUGUAUUCUUUUCAGUUUCUCCCUCAUGGCUAUAUAUACAAAAGGGAGUAGUAUAGUCACCUUCAUAUUUUCCUUUAAAAAUGCUCUGCUUUGUUCUUCUUUAAUAUUGAACUUGAACUAUUUGGUUUAUAAACCCUUUGCCUUCUUCAAGGGCCUACUUCAAUUAUUAGCUUGAAAAUAUGCUUUUAUCUGGACAAAGAAGGUUUUACUUCUCUUGAUCGUUUAUCAGACAGCUGUUACAAAUCUUUGCAGAAAGUUUGAAUUUAAAGUAAAUUUGCACAUAUGUACUUUGUGAUAUAAAUUAAUUAUUUAAAAUAGGUUUUCACAGUCAUAGGUACAGUGAUACAAAUUCUGGUGCUCUUGCACAAUUCAAAUGAAUCUUGAUGAUCUAACAUUUCAAGGUUUGAAUGUCUAAUUUAUUAGUUUCUUAAAAUUCAGUUUUCCUUUUGGUAAGUUAUGCAGCUUGGAGAAAAAAAAAAAAACCUUGCUUGAAAAAAGGUUUAAAGGUUUAGACACUGCUGAUUAAUUCUGUUUAUGUAAUUUGCCAUGUAAAUAACCAAACAUCAUACACUGACUGGACACCUUGGGCUAAUCUAAAGUUCUGUGGGUUAAAUUUCAGAUUUGAUUAAGAAUCUGAAUAUUUGCACACACUAAUUAAAGCUUGUCAAGCCCUUCUGUUUUCCAGUGGUUCUCAUGCUUAAUUAACUUUGCUUUAGGCUCAUGGCAGCUCAUAUUCUGCAUGCAGUGGAAGUGUGUCCAGCUGCUGAACGAUCACUAAAUUUGUUUUGCACACUUGUUAACAUAUUACUUCAUUUAUACACAGAUGGGUUUAGUGUUUUUAUUAAGCUCAUUUCACAGCAGAUUUAAAACACAUUUUAAAAAUGUUCAGUUCCUUCUCACAUAUUAAUGGUGAAUGCUCAGAGUGUGUUUUAGCUAACUAAGAAUAAUCUUGCACCAAUGAGAAUUAUUUAUUUAUGGUGGAAAUGUAUAUAUUUGAAAUGGCGUGCUCUGUCAUAGAACACUUAUAUAUUUAAUACACAAUUUAAAAACAAGACUGCAGAUAUUUAAACAGCCUAAUUUCUGUAAUCUGCGUCACAGGAUUUUGAAUAAAAUGAAUCAAAUUCAA